GCCAUUGACCCAAAAAGAAAAAAGAAGCAGAGAAGAGAAUUUCCAUCAAUGAGCGAAGAGAAACAGUAUUGGCUUCUGAAGACAGAGCCAGGAGAGUGGUCGUGGGAGGACCAAGCAGCCAAUGGAGGCGUAACCAAGUGGGAUGGCGUCAAAAACAAGCAAGCCCAGAAGCACCUCAAGUCCAUGAAACUCGGUGACCUCUGCUUCUUCUACCACUCCGGCGCCAAGGCCCGCCGUGUAGUCGGCGUUGUGACUGUUGUUCGGGAAUGGUAUUCGGACGGCGGCGAUGAUGGGAUGGUGGAUGUGAAGGCGGUUGGGGAGAUGAGGAGGCCAGUGGACUUAAAGGAGAUGAAGGGGGAGAAGGGGCUCAAGGGUUUUGCUCUGUUUAGGCAGCCGAGGCUGUCGGUUGUGCCGGUUCCUGAGGAUGUAUGGAUUAGGGUUUGUGAUUUGGGAGGUGGGUAUGAAAGUGAUGGUAAUCUUUUGGAGAACAAUGAUAGUGAUGGUGAAUAUGGUGAUGAAGAAGACGAUUAAUUUUGAGGGUUUUUUUGUUAUUGUUUUUGCAUGUUAGGUGUUUGUGAUUAUGUCACAAGGUUCGAAGUGACUUGUAUUUUGGGUAGUGCCAAUGGGAAAUAGUACUUUUUAAGUGAUUGUCCUUCAUGGUUUUGUUUGAUCAUGAAAAGGGAAAACUUGUACCUUGGCAUGUAAUUAGUAGGCUUUUAACAAGCACAAAAUGAAUGUGAGCUACACUUUGCUCAUUUGACUCUGUCACUGUUGAACUGUUAAUAUUAAGCUCUCUAUAUUUGAAUAUUCAACCCACUA